GUUAGAGGCGCACCCAAGGAUGCAGGAGCUUGACUUAUUGAACAGUAUUAGGGAGGGGAACUGCCCGGCCCCAAGUAAACCCUGGCAGCAUUUUCGGAAGUUAUUGGGAGCGGUCUGUCAGUCAGAACAGGCCAAUAUGAAAUGAUGGGGAGGAAAGAACAGUCACGAUUGAGGAACCCGGAGGACAUCCGAUUGCAAUCUUCCUGAGGAAGAGAGAGAGGAAACGCACACUUCCAGGUCGUUUGAAAAAUAGUUUGAAAAGUUGAUCGCCAUCCCUUGGUAUGGUGGCACCUCUGACAGUGAGCGAUGAUCCAGCACUCAGGGAGCAGACAUUCCAGCCUCGCAGAUCUUCGACCCAGUCAGUGAUCCACUGGAGGAAACAGAUGCUAAGGGAGUUUGUGAGAGAUUGCCCAGUGUGUAAAUACGGAAGGGAAGAUUGUUCCAGGCCUUCUGCUCAGACAGGUCUGCUUCACUGUAUGAGCCCAGACGCUGAAGUGUACCUCCCACUGGCUCCCGUGUGACAACCUAAUCUCCUAGCAACUGAAGAAGAUCAGAAGUCAAGAUGGCGGAGGUACUCCAAAUGAAAACAAGCUUCCCUGGCAAGGUCAACCUUCCUGCUGGAGCAGAGGUCAAGGAUAAGGAUCAGGCCUUGCCCUACUCUGUGGAAACACCCUACGGUUUCCACCUGGACCUGGACUUUGUGAAGUACGUGGACGAUAUCGAGAAGGGGAACACCAUCAAGAAGGUUCACAUCCACCGGAAACCGCGAGGAUGCAGCUACACAGGCUCUUGGUGGACAUCCACGGAGUCGCUGUGCUCCAACGCCAGCGCUGACAGCAGACGCUCCUCUGUCUCGUACUGUGGCCGGAGCACCUACCACCCGGCCUGCAGCUUCUCCGGGGGCUACACCAGGCCACCACCGCUGAUGUCCGCCGGCUACAACGCCAGGGUUGAAAAGACCCUGCUGGAGACCAAGAGGCGGCUGGAGGAGGAGCCCCUGGGCUGCAGAGAGGGCCGGAGGCCCCGUUACUCCAGCCUGAGCAGCCUGCAGGGCAGUGUGGUGGGUUCCACCAGCUCCCUGGCCGGGACAGGCCUGCAGAGCCAAUCGGCCUCCCGACUUGUCUCUUUCAAUGGCUCUCAGAGCGCUCCCUGCGGCCAGUUCACUCCCCUCAGCUCGGGCCUGGCUACCCCAUCCACUCCGAACCCAAGCCACUUACACAACAUCCGGGAGCAGAUGGCAGUCGCCCUGCGGAGGUUGCGGGAGCUGGAGGACCAGGUGAAGAUAGUCCCUGUUCUCCAGGUGAAGAUCUCCGUCCUCCAGGAAGAGAAGAGGCAGCUCAGCGUCCAGCUGAAGAGUCAGAAGUUCCUUGGCCACACCAUGGGCUUUGGACCACAGAAACCAGACAGUGGACCUGGCAAGCUCAAAGAGGAACUGUACAUUGACCUGCCCGAAGAAGGUGGCCACCAGAGCAAAGCUAAGCUGCCCCUCUCUCCUACGUUCCAAAAGCCACCACAGGAUAACGUCGGGAAUCUUGAACGGGACACUCCGAAGCACAGGCCAGGCCUGGAAGAGAGCUCGAGGGGCGAAGUGACCAAUGGAAAUGUGGCUGAGGUCAGGAGCGUAGGUGUUUGGGUGCGAGAGAAGGAUCUGGGAAUCUCCCCUUCUUCCUUACAGCUGGAGGCGGAGCAUUACCGUCAUGUGACUGAGCUGCUGACCAAGAAGGUCGCCAUGUUGGAGAAGCGACUGCGGGAAGCCUCCAGAGAAUUGGAGACCGCUCACCAGAGCAUUGGCGGCCAGGAGAAGGAGACGGCAGAGAAGGGGCUACAGGUGGAUGUCGGCAUGACAGCUGGCACGCGAGGACCCGACUUGAGCCGGCCAAAGCAACCGCCGGAUCAAGCCAGGACCUGGACAGCUGCCUCCGAGGCAGGACCCCGGUCUCCCCAACCACUUGAGGGCAAAGUCAGCAAGAGGGGAGAUAUUGUUUCGCCUGGCAGCUGGAAUGAGCGGUUCAUUGAGCUGGCACCGCAGAGGUCAGUGGGCAUACAGAUCAGCCAUUUUGGAUACCCUCCAAGCAAGCAGGCCAGCAAGGAUCCAGUUCAAGACAGGAGCCAGCCAGGACUCACCCAGCCGCAGGGGGCCACAAAGGAGAUGCAGUAUUCUGCAACCCAGGCAGUGCCCAACAGUAGCCAACCUGCCCUCAGCCAGACCUCGGUGGCCCCGAACAAACCAGGCAGCGGCGUGCGGGGCGGUGGGGAGGGGACUGAGCAGAGAGUGGGGCCCACCUCCGACCCACCCUUUAAGGAGGUCACAGGCAAGGUGGUGACCUGCACGAUUGUCACAACCCUGGCAGCCACGUGUGAGGAAGUGAACUCCGUGAUGACCACUGCCAGGAGUGCGAAGCAGGUGAAGACGGGUCCGAGUGGGGCACAACUCCGGGAAGCUGUCGAACAGCUCACUCAAGUUUCUCGAGAAGAGCACAAAGCAGAUCCUGCUGCUCCGCCCAGGCGGCCACUAGAUGUCACUGAGGAGCCUCGGUAUAUUUUAUCCUCCAAUGUUUGUCACUCUGUGGAAUUACCCCUCACACAGCUUCCCAGUUCAAAGCCAGCAGAAGUGAGCAAUCUGGCACUGGUGAGGCAGGAAGAUGCUGCCCUGUCUGAGGAUGAUUCAACAAGGCCAGGUUCUCCACAGGGAGCACAACUAAAAUCCAUCAUGAAAAAGAAGGAGAGAGGAGCCAGUCCUGAUAGCCCUCUGACAAAGAAGAGCCUUCAGUUUAUUGGGGUGAACGGAGGAUAUGAGUCAACAUCUUCGGAAGAAUCCAGUUCGGAGAGUUCCUCGAGUGAGUCAGAUGAUGGGAGCACGGAAAGCGAUUACCAUGAGGCCAGCGAGAGACUCCCAGGAGAGCAGGCAGAAAAAGCAGAGAGCAAAGGCACUCCUGCUGGAACUGUGCAGGAAACAGAGAGUGUACAGACUCCUGCUGGAACUGUGCAGGAAACUGAAGUUAAGCAGACACUAUUGGAGCCAGUGGAAGAGACUCGGAGCAAGAGGACUCCUGCAGAGGUUGUGCAGAUAGUAGCAGAGAGUGUGCAGGAGGCGCUGACGAAGGGUACUCCAGCUGAGAGUCCGCAGGAAGGUGGGAAUGCGCUGACUCCAGCACAGCACACAGCAAGCUUAGAAAGGGAGGAGAAGGUGCAGUAUGGAGGGAGCAAGGAGUAUGUGAAGGAGAUGGAGCAGAGAAUGGAAGGGAAACCAGCGGGACCAGUCAAGGAAGGAGAGGACAACCCAGCAAAGGUUCCUCAUCCUGAAACAGCGAGUUUGAAGCAGGAAGCAAACACCAGCACGUUUGAGCUGACUGAGGGUUUGGUGUCAGCCUGCGUGACUCUGCAGAAACAUCUGAACGAUCCUGACAGGUUCACAAACAAAGAUGUGAGAGUGAGCUAUCUCACGGUUCAGCAGGAGUGGCUCUUGGUGUCAAGUCCGAAGACAGCAGAUCCUGAGGUGGUGCGUCGGUAUCUAGCUGUGUUUAAGGCGAUGUCACCGAAUUUACUGGAGCUGAUAGUCAACAUGGCUGACAGCAAUGGGAACACAGCUCUUCACUACACAGUCUCUCAUUCCAACUUCCCCAUUGUCAGGUUGCUGCUGGACACAGGCGCCUGUAGUUUGGAUAAGCAGAAUAAGGCUGGUUACACAGCUAUCAUGCUGGCCUCGCUCGCUGCCCUCCAGUCGGAGCACGACAUGCAGACCGUGACACAGCUCUUCCGUCUCGGCAACGUCAAUGCCAAGGCCAGCCAGGCGGGUCAGACGGCCCUGAUGUUGGCAGUCAGCCAUGGCCGGGUGGAGAUGGUGAAGGCCCUGUUGGCGUGUGGGGCGGACGUCAGUAUCCAGGACGACGACGGGUCAACAGCGUUGAUGUGCGCCUGUGAGCACGGCCAUGCGGAGAUCGUCAGACUCCUAUUGGAGAUGCCAGGCUGCAACGUGACUCUGGCAGAUAACGAUGGCAGCACUGCCCUCUCCAUCGCAGCAGAAACUGGACAGAAGGAGAUUUCUGCCCUUCUCUACAACCACCUGAAUCAAAGCAAGGAUCCGAGCCGUUCUCCGGUUCUACCUGCCCAUUCACAGACCGUGGAUCACCCCUCGUCAUCUAAAACCCAGCAGUAGGCCCGAAUGCCACUCUCCAUUUGGCUCCUUGUGCUGCCCUGUGUGGAUGUUCAACAACAUGGGCCUUGAACUGAGGGCAUCUCAGCCCAAUACUGGCAUAGUCAGGGGCUACCUCAUUCUGCUUGAUACACGGGGCCCCAAUUACCUUCGACACUGAUGGAGCCUGUCACCAUGGGAGUGAACCUUCAGAGGGCUGGACAUGGAGGGACGAGGUCUGAGGGAAUGGACAGCAAAGUCCUCAGCCUCCUCCUGCGGUGAUAAACUUGCUGCUUCGAUCUGCACAACUAUCACAAUGCCUCUGUCAGCUUUUUAUAUCAAGAAAAUGUACAGAUGUUGUAAAGAACAGUCAGCCUAUUGUGGCUUCAGUUUGAUACUGAUCAUCACUGGCUCCCUCCCUUUCUCUUUUGCUUGGUUGGCACCUCACCGAGAUUCCCAACCAAAUAUUGUAUCCAACUCAAGGAGCUUCCCCCCUCCAUUCAUAUUCACAGGCACAUCCAUACCCACACAGGCACAUCCAUACCCACACAGGCACAUACAUACACAGGCACAUCCAUACCCACACAGGCACAUCUGUACCCACACAGGCACAUCUAUACACACACAGACACAUCCAUACCCACACAGGCACAUCUAUACACACACAGACACAUCCAUACACACACAGUCACAUCCAUACCCACACAGGCACAUCCAUACCCACACAGGCACAUCUAUACACACACAGACACAUCCAUACCCACACAGGCACAUCCAUACACACACAGACACAUACAUACCCACACAGGCACAUCCAUACCCACACAGGCACAUCCAUACACACACAGACACAUAUAUACACACAGGCAUAUCCAUACCCACACAGGCACAUCCAUACACACAGACACAUAUAUACACACACAGACACAUCCAUACCCACACAGGCACAUACUUAGACACACAGGCACAAACACACAGGCACAUCCAUAUGUACACAGACAAAUCCAUACACACACACAUGCAUACAUACAGACAGACAGGCACAUACAUACACAGGCAUAUACAUACGUAGAGACAAACACAUCCAUACACACACAGACACAUACCUACACACAGACAUAUACAGAUACAUACCUAUAUACACAAACAGAUAUGUAUAUACACACGCGGACACAUACCUAUACACACAGACAUAUGUGUGUGUGUGUGUGUGUAUAUAUACACACACACACACACAGGCUCGUGCAUACACACAGACACACACACACAGGUCCGUGCAUACACACACAGACACACGCUCUCUCUUUCACACACACACACUCACUCUUAAGGGUAAUGCCUCUGUCGAUGAUGCCUCUAUCAGUCACUCUGCAGCCCAGCUCUCUGUGACACUGCUGUGGUCAAACAUUCUCUCCAGGCCGACUGGAGCUAGAGUUUACAAUGACAGGGCAGAGGUUUGGGCUGUAAGACUAGGUAGGGGCUUCCCUGCUGCGUUCCAGCUCACACUGUCAGAUUGAGCCCUGUCAGGAGGGGACUGGGUCAACCAGAGUGCAGUUGGAAAUAAUUCACCCUCCCAGAGGUGCUGAGAGCUAAGGCCAGGGUUUUGAGCCUGUUCUGAUUGAGCAGUCAUAGUCACCCAACUUAAAGUCAGGCUCCAGUGAUAGACUGUGGAGAAUGAUCCUAGCACUCAGCAUCAUGUGGGGUUACUCCAAUGUAGUUGGAUAAUUGUUGGGAUAAAAAUCAUACGCAAGGGAAUGGGGAAAAGGCAGGAGAUUGGUAGCAGAUGGUGCCCAUUUGAAGAAGGGAUGUAGACACAAUGGGCCAAAUGGCCUCCUGCUGUGCUGUAACAGUUCUGUAAUGGGCAAUCUGACGGAGUGGGGUGGGAAUCACAGCUCACAUCGUGCUGCCUGCCCCAAACUGACAAGAGUCAGGAUGAGGGAGUGAACCCAUCAUGUACCAACUCCCCCAGCUGGGCAAUAAUGCACGACGACUGGGGAGAGGUAGGAAAAGGUGGGCAGGCCGCAAGCAUCAACAGUUUAGAGAGCAGAGUGGAUGUGGUGCUGCUGCCACCAGGAGAUGGGAGAGGAGGGAGGGCUAAAUGGAAAAGACUGGAGGCAAUGACGACUUUACCCAGCGUGGAGCAGCCGAGCAUCAUCGUAUGGAGACCAAUGGCUCCUGACAGUGAACGGAGGAAUCUUGGAGCAGUUGGGUGAGAUCUAGAAAUGAGCAAACAAUCUAUUAGCCAAAUCUGCCCUUGUGUUUAAAUUCCAAAUACUUCAGUUAAAACCACAUCCUAUUUGUUUCAAAGCAAAUGAACAGCUUGGAAUCAGGCUGCUGAAUAUGAAGCAAGUUGUACUGUUAAAUACCUUCAUCCCUCACACACAUAGCACACCCCGGAUAUAUAAGCCAAAUGUAUCGGAUUUAUUCUUGUGUAUAUUAUUAAGCUGAUAUUUACAGGUCUGGUUACAGUCUCAUCUCCCGCUGCUGUCCAUUUUAUCUAUUACUAAUAAUCGGUUGUACUUCCUUCCUGUGGAUGUCACUGGGAUUGGUGCUAUCUGCAGGUGCCCUUUCCUUUGAAGCCUUUGUAUUAGCCUUUAUAUGGAAAUAUCUAUCAAAGAGUUUUGUAAUCCACAUAUUGCAAUACACUGAAAAGGGGUUACUA